AUGCUGCCACAACAGCCCGUGCAGGUAGAGCUCGCCGUCAUGUUGCACCAUUUACUUGUUUCAUGGAAUGACCGGAAAGAACCUCGUCGUAUUCGCCAUCUGCCUGGCGCCAGACUAACCUGGAACCACACCCUUGCAGACGCCCCCUUUUCAGCCGAGCACGCCUGGUCCAUCGCGCGUAUUCGUUCCCUGCAGGCGACAAAGCCGGACUAG